AUGGCUUGCAUAUCGUGUCGGCAGAGCAAAGUGAAGUGCGAUAGCAAAGUACCCUGUUGCUCUCAUUGCGCGAGCAAAAAGAAAGAAUGUCGCUAUCAAACUUCUGAUAAAAGAAGGUUACCUCUUCGUGUUGCAAUAGAGCUGCUGGUGUACAGAGUCGAUCAGUUGUGUCAAUUUCUCCAUGAACAUGGUCUCCAAACCCCAAAAAUGCCUGCCGAUAAGGAUGCUACCCUACAGAGAAUCCUCGAUACUCUUGGAAUGACAGGGAAAGCUGUCAGCCCCAUACCGCCACCUAUGCCUCCUAGCAUGGUCCAACACGAUGAGUGGUGCUCCCAUAAUCCUACAAUAGCCGCAAAUGAAGCUUCUUCCGAGGGCUUAGGAAAGAACAAUUUGAAUCGGCAGCGUGCUACCAACCUGCCUGUCAUCGAGCAAGAUGACUGUUGGUCUGAUUCGGGUUUGUCACCAAUUCCACAGAACAAUGGCAUGGGCCUCAUGGUACCUGAAUGUCAUCCAUCAGACUUGACCGGGGAAAGCCCAAGCAGUAUAUUCAAUACCUGGCUGUUUGACUUAGAAUUCGGUACACACAUUACGUCUUUUGCAUCUGAGAUACAACGACAGCCUAUCGUGGGCGCUUCGUCCAAUGAUGAACUUAAUGUACCACUAAAGCUGCCAGCCGAUUGUUUCGGACAUGUCUAUUCUGAGAGCGGCUCGGCUAUCUUUAGAGAAUCGGCCAGCACAUUUGACAUUGAAGGCCUGGUUGAUGAAAUCUCCGACCGCGUUGGCACCUUGAAAAUUGGCCCUGGAGGGAAGACCCGUUAUUAUGGCCCAACGUCCACGUUCAAUCUAAGGGAUAUGCCAUCCUCAUCCGACUAUGAUAUAGGACAGACAAUCUUGAACUGUGAUUCUGGGUCAGAGGAAGAGAUUCCUGCGGCUCUAGAAGAUCAGCUUCUUGGCCAUUAUUUCAGAUGGCAGGACCCGUCAUUGCAUGUCGUUGACCAAUCUAUUUAUCAAGAAGGGAAAGAAAAGUGGAACAACAUGGAGGAGACCCCAUACUAUUCUGAGGCAUUGAGGUAUGCAAUGUGUGCGCUCGGUAGUGCGUUUGAACCUCGAUACCAUCCGACUAUCGUCACGUUUCCGAAGACUCUCGUUGAUUUUUUUGGCGAUCGCGCGAAGUCAAGACUUGAAACGGAGCUGGAUUCUCCUUCUGUCGCAACCAUUCAAGCAAUGGUUAUCUUGAGCAGCCACGAAAUUGGAAACGGGAAGGACACAAGAGGACUUUUAUAUAGCGGAUCGGCAUUGAGGCUUGCAUUCGAUCUUGGUUUGCAUCUUGACAUGUCUAGCUACGUGUCCACCGGAAUGAUCUCAGCUGCCCACGCAAACCUCCGUAGAACUGUCUUCUGGGCCGCAUACAUAAUUGACCACCAGCUAGGGUUCCAUCUUGGUAAACUGUUUCGCACCAGCAUGGAAAUCGUGACGGUUGGGAAACCCCGUCAAGAUGAAGCCUACGUCGACAAUUGCGGAUUGCCAUCAGGCGAGCCAUCGUCUGCCAGCCAUGGUUCCGCCUUGAUAGAGGGCAAAGACGCCAUCAGCCAACAGCUAGUUUCCCUCUGCGAGUUGAUGUCCCCGUGUGGGUAUAUACUAUACGGUACAUCCGCUAUUUCAAAGGAGAUUCUUCAAAAGCUCAAUGCUAAAAUUGUUGCCGAGCUCCUUAAGUGGAAAGCGUCCCUCCCACCUAUGUUACACAUGGAUCUCGAUGACGACAAUUCGCAUUACCUUCCACAUGUGCUGCUCCUACACAUGCAAUACCAUCAGAGCAUAAUCUACGCCCAUAGACCAUGGAUAUCAAAAAGUCAUCUACAACCGUAUCCACCCAGAGGACCCGGAUACUCCCACGCCCGCGAAAUGUGCAUUCAAUCUGCCAUUGCGAUCUCAAAGAUUCUUAGUAUGUAUGAAAAUCGCUAUACGUUGCGGCGAAUCAAUGUACAAGCUGUAUUCAUAACGUCCUCCGCCACACUAUUCCUCCUCUUCGCCGCUUUCUCGAACUGCUCCUCUCAUCUUGGAAAUAUUUCACUGCAUCUAACGACAUGUUUCAGAGCCUUAGAUGAGUUCACUCUCUCCUGGAAAAGUGCUCAAACAGCGAAGGACCUUCUAGUCGGUCUACAGCGCCAAUGGGAUCUACGGAUGCGGUCCAAUAAAGCGCAGCCGUGGACAGGCGGAUUAUCACGUACUACGCAAUAG